AUGCGUUUUUGCUAAUCCAGAUGGCGAAGAUCACAACGGAAUCUAUUUAAAUCCACUCAACUAGAUGAGCUCCGAGAGGCAGAGAUUUUGUUUGGUAAGCGUUAUCUCAAUGUCUCAGUUGUUGAUGAGAUGAGCUUCUACAAAUCCUGUCUAGAAUAUUCAAAUUUCUGGGAGCGAGAUAAUGGCGAUUUCUUCAGAAUUCUCGCUUUCACAAACGCCACUCAAUUCAACAACGAAUCAAGAAAAAGCUGUGUAUUUUCAGGAAUAGAUAUGCCUUAAAAUAUCAAUGUGCAAGCGAUUCUCUCGGUCAAAGCCACAACCGCAGAAAACGACACCUUACCUUUCACGAGAUGGCUGGAAUUCUUGGACUCUUGCUUUGCUGACUUGAUAGCUUGGCGUGCCUCUAUAUAUAGACCCUCUCACCCUCACAUGUGAUUGUGCUUUCCACUGUUCAAGCUUUGCCUGUGAUUCUUUUUUCCUUUCUAGAUUGAAUUCGAUCUUGGGGAUGUGGGUGUGUUUUGGACUGUGUUAGUUCAGUGAAUUUAGAGGUUUUCUGUUCUGGGUUUUUUUUUAUACAAAUUACAGUGACUGCUUUCAUUCUAUUUUAGUUUAGCUUGAAGUCAAAGUGUGUCUGUUCCUCACAGGGUUCACUGAAUUUAGAGGUUUUGUGUUCUGGGUUUUGGUUGGAAGUGAAUGUUUUGAUUCCUUUUUCUUGAUUUUGAACUCGAUACUGCCUGGUUUUUGCAGUUUUAAUCUUUGUUCCAAUUUCAUUCAUCCAAGUUUCAGGCUUUUGCUUUCUGACUCUGGGUAAAAUGUAUAUUGGAUUCUCUUAAGUUGAAUUUGACAUCAGAUUGUCUACUUGAUCAUCUUUUUUUUGUUGUACUCAAUUUGACUAAAUUUGGGGUAUUUUAAUCUGAGGUUUUUUAAUAAGGAUGAAGGCGUUCGUGUUCUUUGAAAUGCUGGUUGUGCUUUUAGUCUUUGUGUUAUGUGGUUGUGUCAUGGGCAAGGAAUGUACAAACAUUCCUACUGAGCUCUCAUCACAUGGUUUUCGAUACGAGCUCCUAUCAUCGAAAAAUGAAACGUGGAAGGAAGAGAUGUUUUCACACUAUCAUUUAACCCCAACUGAUGAAUCUGCUUGGGCGAAUUUGCUGCCGAGAAAGUCAUUGAGGGAAGAAGAUGGGUACAGUUGGCAAGCAAUGUAUCGGCAAAUGAAAAAUAAGGGUGGAAUUGAACAAUCCGGGGAUUUUCUUAAGGAGGUGUCUUUGCAUGAUGUGAGAUUGGAUUCGAGUUCACUGCAUUGGCGAGCGCAGCAAACAAAUUUGGAGUAUUUAUUGUUGUUGGAUGUCGAUAGAUUGGUUUGGAGCUUUAGGAAGACGGCUGGUUUGCCAACACCUGGCAAAGCAUAUGGGGGCUGGGAAGACCCGGCUACUGAGCUUCGGGGACAUUUUGUUGGGCAUUACUUGAGUGCAUCGGCACUAAUGUGGGCUAGCACUCACAAUGAUACUCUCAAACAGAAAAUGUCAGCUGUACUAUCUACUUUAUCUGACUGUCAGGAGAAAAUGGGCACGGGAUACCUUUCUGCCUUUCCAUCUGAAUUCUUUGAUCGUUAUGAAGCUAUAAAACCUGUUUGGGCUCCGUAUUAUACCAUUCACAAGAUCUUGGCAGGCCUACUGGAUCAAUACACAUUUGCUAGUAAUGCUCAAGCUUUAAAAAUGAUGACAUGGAUGGUUGAGUAUUUUUACAACCGUGUUCAGAAUGUGAUUACAAAGUACAGUGUAGAAAGGCACUAUCUAUCACUUAAUGAAGAAACUGGUGGCAUGAAUGAUGUCCUUUACAAGUUAUACAGAAUAACUCAAGAUCCAAAGCAUUUAUUGUUGGCUCACCUGUUUGACAAACCAUGCUUUCUAGGAUUACUUGCAGUUCAGGCUGAUGACAUAUCUGGUUUUCAUGCCAAUACACAUAUCCCAAUUGUUAUAGGAUCUCAAAUGCGGUAUGAAGUAACUGGUGAUCCACUUUAUAAGGCAAUAGGGACGUUCUUCAUGGAAAUUGUCAACUCUUCUCAUAGCUAUGCAACAGGAGGCACAUCAGCCGAUGAGUUCUGGUCAGACCCCAAGCGAUUGGCAAGCACUCUACAGACAGAGAAUGAAGAAUCUUGUACAACUUAUAACAUGCUGAAGGUCUCUCGCCACCUAUUUACAUGGACCAAGGAAAUAGCAUAUGCGGACUAUUAUGAGCGCGCCUUGACAAAUGGCGUGCUAAGCAUUCAAAGAGGAACGAAUCCUGGAGUGAUGAUUUACAUGCUCCCACUAGGUCGUGGAGUUUCCAAGGCUGUAAGUUACCAUGGAUGGGGAACAACAGAUCGGUCAUUUUGGUGUUGCUAUGGCACAGGAAUUGAAUCAUUCUCAAAGUUAGGAGAUUCCAUUUAUUUUGAAGAGGAAGGAGAAGUUCCUGGUCUGUACAUCAUCCAGUAUAUCUCAAGCUCACUUGAUUGGAAAUCCGGACAAAGUUUGCUCAAUCAGAAGGUUGAUCCUGUUGGUUCAUGGGAUCCUUACCUUCAAGUGACAUUGACAUUUUCUUCGAAGGAGGGACCGAGCCAUUUAUCUAACUUGAACUUGCGGAUACCAAGUUGGACGUCUACAGCCGGUGCAAAGGCAUCACUAAAUGGUCAGAAUUUGCCUCUACCGGCUCCAGGUAACUUCCUAUCAGUCCCUAGAAGCUGGAGAUCUGGUGACAAACUAACUCUUCAGCUGCCCAUUAGUUUGAGAACAGAAGCUAUUCAAGAUGACCGGCCAGAGCAUGCUUCUGUUCAGGCAAUACUUUAUGGCCCAUAUCUGCUAGCGGGUCAUACGAGUGACGACUGGGACCUCAAAAGAGGGUCAGCCAACUCUCUUUCAGACUGGAUUAGUCCAAUCCCUGCUUCUUAUAAUACUCAUCUGGUUUCCUUGUCCCAAAAGUCUGGAGAUUCAACUGUUGUCUUAACUAAUUCAAACCAAUCGAUCGCAAUGCAAAAGUUACCAGAAUCCGGCACUGCUUCUGCUGUUCAUGCCACUUUCAGACUCAUCUUGAAUGACUCUUCUGGAAAUUUUUGGACUAUAAAUGAUGCUGUUGGCGAAUCAGUCAUGCUAGAACCAUUCGAUUUUCCUGGAAUGGUUCUAGUACACAAAGGAAAGGAUGAAGACCUUGGAAUUUCAGACUCUCCUAGUGGUGUCGGCUCUUCUGGUUUCCGGUUGGUUGCAGGAUUGGAUGGAAAGGCUGAAACGGUAUCCUUGGAGUCGGAAAGCAACAAGGAUUGCUUUGUGUAUAAUUCAGGCAAAAGCGUAAAGCUCAGCUGCAAAUCAGACUCAUCAUCAUCAGAUGAUUUUAGUCAGGCUGCUAGCUUUGUGUUGAGCAAGGGAAUUAGUGAGUAUCAUCCUAUGAGCUUUGUAGCCACAGGGGUGAGGAGGAAUUUUCUUCUGGCACCCUUACUGAGCUUCAGGGAUGAAUAUUAUACUGCUUAUUUCAAAUUUCAUGAUUAAUAAUCUAUGUACUGGACUGACUGAGAAGUCCAUGUAAAUUGCUUAGAUAAUAAAUAUCCUCUUCUUGUUA